AAAAAGAAAAAAAAGAAAAAAAAAAAAAAAAAACCCAAACCGGACGGUUAAUACAAGAGCAGAGCAGAGCCGCUUCAUAAGGCGCAAGCGCAAAACGCAAUGAGCAGCCUCCGAUCCUCCAGCAAAGGAGGUAGUACCCAAGGACGACCUCUCCCACUCCAAGGACAAGGACAAAGACACUGGCCAGAAUUAAGAGACACAACAAUGGACGACGACGACGACGACGAUCAUGACCAGGACCAGGCCACCAUCCACAGCAGCCGUUAUUCUCACCAUACUACUUCGCACCGCGACAGCCACGACGAUUAUCAAGCUCGCCUAUCGUAUCCGCACACCAAAGUUCCCGAAACCACCACCGCCACUAAUCUCAGCAGUAGUAGAACGGGCAGUAGUGGAAAUGCUCACGGCAGCAGCAGAGACAUGGCAGAUAAACGGGGUGAUAUCGUCGAAAUGAAGGAGAGUCCGAGUAAUAACAACAACAACAACUACUACUACAACACCAACACCACAACGACGACGACGACGACGACGACGACGACAAC